GAGGGUUCCCCGCUCGACUAAAGCAAAGCGCGAAACCACCAGCCAGUGUGUAGUCGCCCCUUAACUCACACUGGCGUGGUGACUGGAGAGCUAUAAUAUUAUAAACUGGAUUACUCUUGUUAGUGAGGAUACUUAUAAGGACACAAUACAAGGAUGGGAGAGUCCGUACAAGACACUCAACUACACUUAAGAUGGCACUCUCACGCCACCACCUUCACCGGCAUGCUCUCAGACCUCCAUCAUGGUCGUGCCUACACUGAUGUCUCACUAGUGUGUGAUGGAGGUAUUGUUAGGGCACACCGAGCUGUUCUGUCCCUCUGCUCACCAUAUCUAGCCAUUGUUUUAGGAGCUUGUCCAGACACUGAUGCCCCGCUGCUGCUGCCAGAGGUCCCAGUGCAAGAUGUUCUCUACCUGGUCUCAUUUAUAUAUCGUGGCCAGGUAGACGUCCACCAGCAGCACAUAGCAUCGUUCCUUAGGACUGCCAAACACCUACAUGUUUUGGGUCUUGAGGAAGGAGACAGACUGGUAGAUUCUCCAAGCAAGUCUGAUACAAGUUCCAGCACUUCUGGUAGUGAAGCUGGUGAUGAACCUUCCACACCACAGUUUGUUAAUGGUAAUAACAAUAAUGAAAAUGAAGAAGAAGAAGCUGAUGAAGAAGAUGAAGAGGAUGAAGAAGAUGAAGACGUGGUGAGCGAGAGACUUGAGGUCAUCAAACAUGAAGUGAGUGUGAAGGAGGAACCAGCCGAAACUAAUGAAGCUAUCGCUGACGUCACAAGUGAUGGAAGAAUUGACUUGAACUAUUACCUUCAACAAGCGAUUCAAAGUGCCUCUAUGCCUUGUCCUUUGUGUAAGAAGGAGUUCAAAAGUCAGUCCGGCCUCAGAGACCACAUCCGAUUACAUACUGGUGAAAGACCAUUUGAGUGUGAAUUCUGUCAGAUGAACUUUGCUAGAGCCUCACAUCUUAAGCGUCAUCGCCGCAUGCACACGGGAGAGAAGCCCUUUAUGUGUAGCAUCUGUGGUAAAGACUUUUCCCGGGGAGACAAGCUUAAGGACCAUUUACGGAGACAUGACGCUGAGGACAAAUUAAGUAAAAUUAGAAAACAAAUAUACAAUCCAGAUGAUGGCACUCAAGAAUCUGAUUCUGAAGCAAAUCAACCAGCUGGCACAGUUCCCACUUCGCAAGUACUGACACAGAAAUCUAAUAAUACGACCCCUGAACCUACUCUUAUGCCACCUGCCAAACGGCCAAGAGGUCGACCCCCAAAGAACCCCCAGGCACACGCUCAAUAUCAACAAGCAAUGGCUCAGGUUCCCUCAAUGCUCGUGCCACAAAGUGAAACUUAUAUGCCUCAUAUGCUUGGUGUUACUAGCAUUGGUGAGUGUAUUCUGAGACCAAUUAAUUAAAAAAACAAAGACAUUAAUACAGUAUAGGAAUAGUCACAAUGAUGGAGUUCAGAUCAGAUUCUGGUGUUUAGAGUUUUGUAGUUACUGUAUAGAACCUUAUAUGUUAUUCAGUAGAUAAGCUAUUUUAAGGUUUUGUUUUAGAAAUUUCAAAAUUCACCUUAAUGAUGUUAGUAUGUAAGUCUUGUUUGUGUGGUAGGCUCAUCAUCUGUUCUUCAUUUGCCUGUUACAAAAGGUUAGGUUGGACUGUAAAUUUACACUGAGGUUAUAAAGUUAAAAAACUACUCCAUAGUGCCAAGUGUUUCCCUUAAUUGCAUGCAAUGAAGGUGCAUAUAUAAAUUUCUUUUAAUACAGUACUUGCUCAUAUGGCUUGUUGACUGAUAUGUUCAUCAGAAGUAAUUGUCAUGUGGCAAUUAUAUCAAGUGUAAUAAUUUAUUGAACCGAAUAUACAAUUUUGAUUUCGGAUGAGUGCCUUAUCUAUUUGAUUAUUUAUUUAUUUUUAUAUUCUAUCAAGGGUAGGAACUUCAUAAUGAACAUGUGGGACCUUGAUGGGGCUCUUGAGAAUGUUCGUAUGAUAAAGUACAUUUAAAUAGUAAAAAUUCCUUUGCUGAAAAGUCGAGUUUGAUUCUGUUUUUAUUAGUUUCAGAACAUUGACAGUAAUGUAUAGAAACAAUCUUUUAUCUCAUGAUUGGUCAGUAAUGUGCCAGCUAACUUACGCAGUCCAUGUUUAUUUUUUUCCUUUGGGAAAUAAUUAAAAUAACGAGGCUGCUGUGGGUUUGGCAAAGGCCUAUACGUACACUGUAGAAUUAUUGAAAUGAUGGUUUUCUUAUCAGGAAUAUACUUGUAUGCUUGAAAAUGUACGGCAUGCAAAACUGUUUAUAGAGUAGAUUACAACUUUUGUGUGUAUUACCGACCCAAACUCCCAAGAACCUCGGUUUUGCAAUCUUUGUUCAACAGAGAAGAUAAAGAUGAUUGCUGUCCAUGUAUUAAUCAUGUCAAAUUGGUGUCUUCCUUAGAAGCAAGGUUAUUCUCCACACACAUUAAUUUUGUUGUUUUGUGUCGUUGAUAUCUCAAUAUCAUUUGAAAUAUUGCUAAAAGGUCUACAUAUUUAUUAUAUCAUGAAAAUUUAGUAAUUCCCUCCAGCUGGCAGUGUAGCUCUGAUCCUUGUGCAUUACGGUAAUUCAGCUACUGAUAUGGGAAACAGUUUGGGCUAAGAAGUAAAAGUGGAGGAUAGUUGAAAGAACAGAUUACUGUACAGUAUAAGAUUUAGUUAAAUGCUUAAAAUUACGUCAGAAGCUAUAUCUUGUUACAACAGUGAAUACUGUACAGUAUUAUUUUACAGUACUGAUGGGGAGAUGGAUCACUUUAAAAUGGAAUGUUUUGUUCUUAAUGACCCUGUGCUUCUAACUUGCGAAUACUGUAGUAUCAAUAUUAAAGUUAUACCCUGUAUACAGUACUGUAUAUACUGUAUAUAUAUAUAUAUACAGUAUAUAUAUAUAAUAUAUAUAUAUAUAUAUAUAUAUAUAUAUAUAUAUAUAUAU